AUGGUAUCAAUUCUGAAUGAAAACGAGCAGUUUGUAUUUGCACAAAGACUAGGUAUAGUUAAAAAAGCAACAUCAGGGUUGAAAGCUUUGCACGAUCAGGGUAUUGUUCAUAAGGAUUUUAAACCUUCGAAUCUUUUAAUUUGCGGAACAGCAGAUCGUGUGGUAGUAAAGGUAGCAGAUUUUGACGACAUGUACGAUAUUAAAGGCACUAUCACUUCCACGCUGACAAAUAUGAAUCAAGGUCUCUUUGGCAUGACUUUAGCGUAUACUGCUGCCGAGAUUUGCCUGCAACAAGUAAGAACCGUGUCUCUCGCCACAGACGUAUAUUCAUGGGCAAUUGCCGUAUUUGAGUUAUUUGCUGAUGUAACAUCUCCGUGGAGCAGCGCAUUAUCUAUAGUAAGCGACGGCCUCAUUGUUGAAGCUUUGAAGAAAGGAAUGAGACCACACGUAGAAGAUUUACAACAGUUGUAUGCUAAAAAUAAAUGCAAUUUUAUAUUACCCAUAAUUUCGUCGGCAUGGCACACUGACCAGCAUAAAAGACCAACGAUUUCGCAGUUCGUUCUGUUGUAA